UAUAAUGUUGAGGUGGAGAAAGAAAACAAACUACAAGAAGAUGCUGCUCAAACUGAACAUGCUGAAGAUCCUGACGUGUCAGAAACUGUACAAACAGCCUCAUUGGAUAUAGAGGAGGGUAGGGGUCAAUUGAUUGAAAAUGAAGAAGUAAAAAUAAAAGAUAUUCCAGCAGAUGAGAUGGUUACAGAAAAACCCCGAGAGGAAACAGAACCUGUCCCGGAAUCUGAUGUUGGGGCAGAGACAGAAACUAAACUGCAAGAUGUUUCUGUGAAAUGGGAAGAUGCUAAAGAACCAGCAGUGUUAGAAGCUGAACAAACAUUAGAUUCAGAGGAUGGUAGUCAUCAUUUGCUUGAAAAUGUGGUAUUAACCGAAGAUAUUCCAGCAGAAGAAACAGCUACACAUAUUCGACAAGACGAGAAAGAGCCUAUCACUGAAAAUAAUGUUGAGACAGAGACAGAAAGCAAAUUACAAGAAGAUUCUGUCAAAAUGGAACAGGCAGAAGAACCAGAAGCGUUAGAACCCAAACCAACAACCAUGUUAGAUCCAGAGGAAGGUAGUGCCCAAUUGCAUGAAAAGCAAGUCAUAUCAGAAGUCACUCCAGCAGAAGAAAAAGUUACAGACACACCACAAGAGAAAACUGACCCUGCCGAAGGACAUGUUGAAACAGAGAAUGAAAACAAACUGCAAGCUGAUGCUGCUAAAGCUGAACAUGCUGAAGAACCAAAAGAGUCAGUCACGUUAGAUUUAGAGGAGGGUAGCAUUCAACUGCUUAAAGAGGGAGUAACAUCAGACGAUAUUCCAAGAGAAGAAACAGAUACAGAUAAACCCCAGGAGGACAUCAAGUCUCUAACUGAAUGUAAUAUUGAGGAAGAGACAGAAAACAAACUACAAGCCAAUGCUAGUGAAACUGAACAAGCUGAAGAACCAGAGGUGUUAGAAGCUGAGCAAACAGCCUCAUUAGAUCCAGAGGAGGGUGGUGUUCAAUUACGUGAAAAGAAGGAACCAAGAGAAGAAAUUCCAGCAGAAACAACAGCUACAGAUGAACCCAAACAGGAAACAGAGCCUGUUAUUGAAUGCAAUGUUGAAGCAGAGGAGGAAAACAAACUACAAGCAGAUUCUGCCAAAACUGAACAUGCUGAAGAGCUAGUUGUGUUAGAAACCACACAGGCAGCCUCAUUAGAUUCAGAGAAGAAUAGUGUUGAAUUACCACAAGAGGAAAUAUCAGAGGAUAGUAAUGUAGCAGAAACUGGUACAGAGGAAAUAAAGCAACAGUCCAUGGAAACCCAUGUGGAGCUCAGUGGCGAGCUAGAAAACAAUGAACUGAAAACAGAUACUCCAAAUAUUGGACACCACCAAGUUGCAGAAGUUUUAUGGGAUGUUCAAGUACCCACAUUAGAUUCAGAGGAGGGUAGUGUUCAAUCUCGUGAAAGAGAAGUUACAUCAGAGACAACUACAGAGGCAGAAACUAUUACAGAUGAACCCAAAGCGGAGAUGGAACCUCUCACUGAAGUUAUUGAACCAGUGGAUGUUUUUAAAACUGAACAUGUUCAAGAAACAGUACAAGAACCAGCAAAAGAACCAAUACAAAAACCAGUACAAGAACCAGUUCAAGAACCAGUUCAAGUACCAGUGCAAGAACCAGUACAAGAACCAGUUCACAAACCAAUACAAGAACCAGUACAAGAACCAGUUCAAGAACCAGUUCAAGAAUCAGUGCAGGAACCAGUUCCAGAACCAGUACAAGAACCAAUACAAGAACCAGUUCAAGAAGCAAUUCAAGAACCAGUUCACAAACCAAUUCAAGAACAACUACAAGAACCAGUACAAGAGCCAGUUCAAGAAACAGUACAAGAACCAGUUCAAGAACCAAUUCAAGAACCAGUACAAGAACCAAUUCAAGAACCAGUACAAGAACCAGUUCAAGAACCAAUUCAAGAACCAGUAGAAGAACCAGUUCAAGUGCCAGUGCAAGAACCAGUUCACAAACCAAUUCAAGAACCAGUACAAGAACCAGUACAAGAACCAGUUCAAGAAUCAGUACAGGAACCAGUUCAAGAACCAGUACAAGAACCGAUACAAGAACCAGUUCAAGAACCAAUUCAAGAACCAGUUCACAAACCAAUUCAAGAACCAGUACAAGAACCAGUUCACAGACCAAUUCAAGAACCAGUACAAGAACCAGCACAAGAACCAGUACAAGAACCAAUACAAGAACAAGUUCAAGAACCAAUUCAAGAACUAGUACAAGAACCAGUUCAAGAAUCAGUACAAGAACCAUUACAAGAAUCAAUUCAAGAACCAGUUCAAGAACCAGUACAAGAACCAUUACAAGAAUCAAUUCAAGAACCAGUUCAAGAACCAGUACAAGAACCAGUUCAAGAACCAGUUCAAGAACCAGUACAAGAACCAGUUUUAGAAGAUGCACAAGUACCAACGUUAGAUUCAGAAGAGGGUAGUGCCCAAUCACUGGAAGAGGAAGUGAUUUCAGAACAGAUUCCACCAGAAGAAACUGCUGCACUUGAAGUAGCACAUACACCUGAAGGCAGUGCCCAGUCCGAACUAUCAGCAGAUUAUGGACAUGUUCAAGAACCGGAGGUUUCACCUGCUGAUGUAAAUGCAGCUGAAACCGAACCUGAGGUCGAGGCAUCUACGCCUGAUCAUGGAGUCGCAACAGUAGCUGAGGAAAGUAGUGCUCCGAAUCCAGAGCCCACUGAUUCAGUAGCAGUCGAAAGUGAGACUCAAGUCGUAGCAGCUCUGAAUCAUCAGGCUUUAAACGGAAAUGAAGAUCAGGAAAUAGAGGGUACACCACAAGAUGUUCAUGUUGGCCAGGAAGACCAAAUCCCUGAAGCUGUAGCUGAAAUCCAGACAUUGACAGCACUUCAUGUACCCUCUGUUAAUAAGGAAGCAUGUUGCGCUCAGGUCACAGAAAUAAAUGUAUUUUCUGAAGUAACCCCGACACCUUGUUCAGAAAAUGUCACAGCUUCACAUGAGUCAACUCAAGAGGUGCAUCUCAGCUCAGUGCAAUCCAGUGUUGAGGAAGAAAGAGGUCAAAUUCAAGGCUUUGAGGUAAAGAGAGCUCCGGUUGAGCAUGCUGUAGUGGCCCAAGUGACCACAUGUUAUCUCAAAGACAUCACAACUUCUAUACCUGACACUUUGAUAGAAUCGACAUCAGACAUCCAUGAACCGUUGAUCGACUCUGUGGCAAGUGAACUCGGGUUCAAUGAGACGAAUGAGACUGCAACACCACUGGUGCAAAAGUAUGUGACUAAGACGGGCGAGGAAGGUAGUGUGGUUAGGAUGAUGAAUGUGCCAUCGGUACAGUUUGAGGACAACCACAGAAUUCAAGUGCAGGUGGUCGAUGUUGAUGUCGAAUCAGCCAACAUGAAGGUUGACACAGUGCUGGAGGUGGUGGUAACCGAAACCAGAGAAGUUAUGGAUGUCUGUCACCAAACUGUUCAAGAAGUAGACAAACUUUCCGCCACAUCAGAGACUGAAGAGAAAAUAAGUUGCGAAGAAGACGAAGUGACCAUUCAAGAAGUUAUUCAACAUGUAAGGGAGAGCGCACAAGAGACAGCGCCGGAAUCAGAACUCGUCAACACGGAACAAGACGUUGUCAAAGAGACAGAUGCUGUGACAGAGACAACCGAGAUACCUGAAAGUGAGUCAAGUGAAGUGGACGGUCAAAAAGUGGUGGAGGACAAGGAAAGACAAGAUGAAGGAUAUGUUGUAUUAAGUGAUGACUCUGCAACUGGACAAGUGUUUGAGGAUCUCAUGCAAACACCUGAUAUUUCAGGAGGGUUGGACGUUUUGAUCCAUGACCCCAAAGAGGUUUUGGAGGAGCCUAAAGCUGAAGAGAAAAAGUCUGAAGCAGAUGUCUCUACGACAGAAUUGUCAUCCGAUGUGACGAAGAUCAGUGAGGAAGCACAAGCUCCACAAAUUGAGAUUGUGACAGCGAACACUGGAUUAUUAGUCCCCCAAGGCACCAGGGUGAUCUCAUCAGUAGGUAAUGUCGAGCCCCCCUCUAGCCUUUCGAUAGAAUUCAAAUUUAACAUACAGUUUGGACACGCAAAGGAACCGGCAUCUCCACCUCCUUCAACAGAACCACUGAAACAGACAGACGUGGCUGAGGUAGGCGUCCAGGUAGAAGAACCCAGUGAGGAAAUAAAUCCAGCACAUUCUGAAGAGAGACAGAAACAGACAGAGGGAACUGAGGUCGGAGUUCAGGGAACAGAAGUCACACAAGGAGCUGACUUAGAUUCAACAGAAAGACCAGUGAUCAUUAAUCAACCAGUACUUCUGGACGUUGGCAUGCAAACAGUGGAAAUAGUGGAACCAGUGGAACAAAUCAAAUCAACAGAGAGAGGAACCCCCAUUGUCCAGGCGAAAGAGACAAUCCAAACAGUGAGGCAAAAAGAGAAACGAGGGGUGUUCCUCAGUCAGCCACUACUCUCUGAAGUUUGUGACCAAGAAACAGAAGCAGAGGAACCCGUGAAGCACACAGAGGAGGAAAAUGACCAGGACGUUUGGAUGGAUGCAGAGGAGGACAUCAACAAUCAACAGGAAGCUGUACAGGAGUUUGAAAUGGCCACUUCCAGGAUCGAAGGUGAAGAAAGUCAAGAGGAGAUGUUUGAAAAAGGUGAAACAUGUGAAACUGAGAGUGAAGGGGAAGAUUUUGCUGUAGCACUUGAGGAUCCAGAAACUGCUACUGCAAGCAUCACCAUGAUGGAGUACGACUAAUUCAGUGUCAUUAAAUGGUUGGAAAAUCAGAAAAGAAGAUUGUAAGGAGAAAAAAAACACAUUAGACAUCUUUCUUUUGUGUAUCAUGUCUACUUUUAUUUGUACAGUCCUAUAAUCAACAGAGCCUUGAAACAAUAACAGCAGCUUUACUUAUCAUGUUUCAUCUCCCAGCUUCUUGUGUCUGGUCUCAAUUGGCUCGGGGUAUCAAUGAUACCAUAAGGGUCACUUUGUGUGGUGUGGGUGAGAGAAGACAGAAAGUAAUGACAGACUGUUGGUUGCAGAUCUGAUAUGUAAUGUUCACUAAUUACAAAAUGCAAAAUAUAGACCUGUAUUAACUGCGUUUAUAUAUUUACUGCUGUUUUAUCAAUAAAACUAUAUUUGCAUAAAUCUGUA